AUGAUUAUUAAUGAUGAUAAUAUCAAAGCCGAAACUAAAGCAACACUUCUUAUUCCUCAUUCUACCGAUUGGAUCGAUGGUGUUCUUACAGCUUAUUUUUCUCUUACACCACAAGACUUUCUCUAUACAGCUGAACAAAUUAUUGAACAUAUUGCUGAUGACUAUGCACAAAUCAUUCUUGUACAUAGCUAUACAGUAAAAUCAUGGAGUCGAGAAUUACUCGGCUGUAUUUCUUCGCUGAUCGGUCUCAUUUGUGCAUGCUGUUGGUGGGGUCGUGAGGAGGCACAUCAUAUCAAAAAGAUUGUAUCUACCGAUUUGACAUUGUAUGAUCAUGUUUCAGCAUUGAUUCGUAUUAUCAGUUAUAAACCAUUUCAUAAAUGUAUUGAUGGUCAAUGGCCUAAUGUGGAAACAAUUCUUAUCGAUUCUAUCAUAACAUUCUUAAGAGGUGCAAUAGAUGCAGAAAAAUUAAGUUGUUUUAUUCGUUUGACAACAUCUUUACCUGAUACACUUACAUCAUUAGUUCAAACAGCACCAUAUGAUCGAAUAGUUCUAUGUGCACAUGGUUUACUUGCUGAAAUUCUAACGGAUGAACAACUGAAAGAAUUAAAAAUUGUCAGAAAUAUAAGACGUUCGUGCUUUGAUAUUAUUGAACAAGCUUGGAAGGAUCCAUCGCAGAAAUAUCAACAUAUACCACUAGUACAUAUACUUCGAGGCUUUGCUAAUCUAUCAAAAAAUGAUACUGUUCAAGCAAACACAGCAGCAUUAAAUAAAAUGCCACUGCUAAUCGAAAUAUUGGACAAAUAUCCGAUCGUAUACGAUAUUCUCUGGGGUCUUUCCUUUAAUUCAUCUAUUCAAGAACAACUUCGAUUGAAUCAUUCAUUCAUGACCAAAUUGACUGAAAUCAAAAAGAACUGUUCAAAUGAAACUAUACGUAAAGCUGCACGUGGAAUUCUUUGGAAUUUGAAUUCAGAUCGAGAUAAACAGAUAUUUACAGAAAAAUGUGAUAGUACAACAUUUGAUAUAAUGAUUAGUUAUUCACAUAAAGACAAACAAAUAUGUAAACAUUUGUAUGAACAACUUAUUCGAACUGGUUAUCGAGUAUGGAUUGAUUUCGAUCAGAUACAUGGCAACGUCAUGGAUGCCAUGGUACAGGCAAUCGAACAAUCUCGAACGAUUAUUAUUUGUAUGAGUGAACAAUAUCGACGAAGCAAUUAUUGUCGAGCCGAAGCUGAAUAUGCAUUUCAACGUCGACUCAAAAUAGUACCAGUGCUUCUACAAGAACAUUACAAACCCGAUGGUUGGCUUUUGUUUUUAAUUGGUCAAUCACUCUAUGUUGAUUUCACAAAACAUGAAUUUCCAAUAGCAAUAGAAAUGUUGAUCAAGGAAAUCAAAGCCUUACAUAUGCAGAACUUUCAUAACAUAGAAGUUCAAUCAAAUCAAAGUGCUUUAUUGGUACUUCCUCCUUCUGUACCAUGCCUACAACCAUUAUCGGGAACGGAACUAUGUCCAGAAAAUGUUCAAAACUGGACAACGGCACAAGUUAGCGAUUGCUGUUCGAUAUUUUGCUAUCAAAACAGAAUGAAAACAAUUACCAUUCUAUGCAUUAUUUUUCUUGAUCUCUUCAAUCAAAGGAACACUAUUGUUGCAUCAGAGAAAUCAGCAGAAGGCACACCUAACGAACAAUUAGAAAGCUAUGAUAUUAAGAAGAAGGUUAUAGUGAUACCAGGCAUUUCAAACUCUAUUGCAUCAUAUAAUGCAGCCAUCCAAAUCAACCACAUUCUCUAUUUGAGUGGUCAAACUGGAAUUGAUCCUGCAACACGCCAACUAGUAUCGGAUGAUGUUCAAACAUGUGAAUCAUGUAAAAUGUUUUUCAAACGGAAUGCUGAAAACCAAAAGGAAACACUGAAAUGUCUCUUUGAUGGUCAAUGUGAAGUGAAUAUUAAUAUUUGUCAUGUAUGUUCUGCAUGCCGAUUAGAAAAAUGUUUUCAAGUUGGAACGCGUGUUGAAAUGAUUCAAUGUUUUCGACCAUCGUUGAAGAAAAAAAAACCAGCAUCAUCAAAAUUAGUUCCAGUGAUAAGUGAAAAAAAUGAACAGUCACUAAAGCUACCAACAUUAAACUUAUUUGAUCAAGAUCGAUCAUUAUUAACUACUGAUCAAUGGGCUCUUCUAUCCAAUUUAAUUCAUUCAUAUGAUAAACAUAAUGCUCUGGUAGUUGCAAAAGAUUUUGCACAAAGUAUUAAUAAUUUACAUCCGAGACAACGUUUCAAAGUUAAUGCAAUAAAAGUAGUUGAAAUUGUUAUAAUUCUUUGUCAAACAACAGAACCAUUUAUUCGAUCAAAUCAUGAUUUUGCUUCAUUAUUUCAUCAUGAUUAUUCGGUUGUCUUACGUGGUGCUAUCGAGAAUGUUAGUUGUCUUGGUGUAGCUUUGAUAUUCCGUCAAUCUGGACUUACAGAAGAUUCAGCUUUUCGUAAUGGUAUGGAGAUCACUUAUGACCCUAUUCCAUAUAAUCUAACUUUAAAUAUGGUUUCAGCAUUGAAUCAAGAUUUUAAUCUCGUUAAAUUAUCAUUAUCAAUAUUUGCUUUUUGUACAAAAAAGUAUAAUACACCAGAACAUGCAGCGUAA